GUGGGAGCUUUAAAGAGACCGGGGGAGAAGAGAGGAGCAUUGAGCUUUUGAGACUUUCACUUUCAGCAAGCAAGCUGGCUUUCUGUAACAGACCAAUCACUGUGCCAAGAGAGAGGAGUUGUUAUUAAAGGCUCAAAUAAAACCACUGAAUGAGAAGGGGGGCAUAAAAAGCAAAGUAAGACCGAACAAGAAACUAAGAUAUAUCAUGCAUCAGAUUUUUUUCCAGAAAAUUUGGAAAUUCCAAGUGUGUGGCUGGGAAUGAACCGAAGAGACAAUAUGGAGCGCAGCUGUCAAUGCUGGAUUAAGGAGUAAAAACAGGAGACAGAGGUUUUUGUCGUUUCCUCAAGAGGCUGCUGGGAAACCACAGAGAUAAUCCCUAACUUUCCAUCAGCUAUCUGUCGUGCAAAAGGACUUCUCUGAGAAGAACAUGCGAAAUAUGGCCAACACUGGCCGGUAGAAGCAUGUUACCAACAGUGCUGUUACUUCUAUCAAUAUUGACUGUUCAAGGAAGUGGGUGCGAUGAAUUUAUGAAGACGACGGUGAGAAAUCUUCAACGUACUGUCGACGGAGAGAAGACGAAAUUUCAAGAAGUGUUUCCAAAAAACUACUUGGUGUCUCAUUAUUUUAACGACAGCGCUGUGUGUAAUGAACCGUGUUGUGUGCUCAGUGGUGCAGUGUUCUUGUCUAAUUCCUGGAGUAAACUUCUUCAGCAUCUCAACCGAGUUCACCUUAAAUACCGUUUAAUCAGUGAGCUGAUAUACACACUGGACAAACUAACAGAGAAGAAGUUUCAGGAAACUCCAGAUAUCGCAAAUUUCCCAUCGAUUCAGUCAACACCAGAAGACCUGCUAUCUUUCACCUCAUCGCUCUUUUCAAAAUGGCUCCGUUUGGAUUGUGCUUUCGGAGAGCAUCGCUGCAUCUUUCCUAUACCAAGUGAAGAAGAUGAAGACGAUUUGGAGUCAAAGGAGGAGGAGAAUAGGGAAAUUAGUGACCAGAUGGAUGAGCCACAGCCUGUAAUAGAAGGACAGAUAAGUAAAAGACAGCUUGACUAUGUUCCUACCAGUGGAUAUACUGAGUUAUGUUUCCCAGGUUUCUUUCGGUGGAUCUUAUAUUUUCUAUGGAUCGCAACACAUGCAUUUCUGAUCUCAUUGUUUUAAAUGUUACAAAUACUAUGGAUGAAAGGCUUCAAGACCUUACUUUGCAAGGAAAGUGACUGUGUUGCCUUGACUUUGAUCUGUCUUCGAAAGAAAUUGCUUUUUGAAUCAAGUGGUUGAUGAUCAAGAGAUAUCUACAGACAGCCACUACUGGACUCUGUUUUUUGGAACAAUGGCAUGGCAUAUGUGAAGCGUGGCAUAUAUACUUGUAGCACAACUAUGUACAAACCCAUUUGUGACAAGCAACAUUGCUUAACACUUAAUGGUUUAUCACUUUUUAUCAUUUUGUACAGGGAAUCAUGUGUCUUGCAUCAUAGUUGAGGUAAAACCUAAAAACCUAAGUGUUUUUAACAUUGAAUGUUGUAUUAAAAAAAAAGAAUACAUGAAGCCAAACAUUGCUUAUUGCUCAGCAUUCGAUAUUAAACCACUAAACUCCAAUACUACAUAAAACUGUAGCAUAGUUUAUCAUCAAUCUGUGCUGGCUGAGCAAACUACUAAAGAUCUUUUUUGUCUCUCUUUUUGAAUAUAGAUUUUUAAAUAAAAUCUCU